GUUUGAUUUUCAUCAUAGUUCUGAUGAGUGAUGAUCCUAAACCUUCCUGCAGGAAGGGUCUAGUCAUGAUCGUGGUUUAUAUGCUCGAUGCUUUGAGGAGCUGUUUGAUUUAUCCAAUUCAGAUGCAACUUCCACAUCUAAAUUUAGAUUCUCAGUUUCAGUCUAUGAGCUUUAUAAUGAACAGAUAAGAGAUUUGCUUUUGGAAUCUGGUAGGGAUCAUCCAAAAAUUGUCCUUAGUUUACCAGAUUGUUUUGUGGAACUUGUACAAGAAAAGGUGGAGAACCCUCUGGAAUUUUCCAGAAUCCUCAAAGUAGGAUUUCAGAAUCGAGGAAGCCAUACAUCAAAGUUUAACGCUACUCAUCUAUUGUGAUCCUGUGUUCCCGACAGUGGUGACAUGCCCAUCAGAUGCGCCUAACAUAUCUAGGUUUGGCCGUUUGGCAGCAUCCAUAUUGGACUGGGAUGCCUUGGGCUUCUCUGGCCAUUCAGGCCAGCAUCUCAACAUCAGCCCUCCUUAGUUCUAUCAUCGAGGAGAGCGACAAGAGAACUUUCUCAUGCCCAGGUGCAAUGAUGAUUGCCUUUGGAGCUGAUACGUCUUUGAUCUUCAAGCAUUCUCCCACAACAACAUUUCCUAAAGUGGCUCCCCUUUCUGAAUUCCUUUGGGUGGAGGUCCCGGAUGAUCCCUUUGGCAAUGGACGAAAUACUUUCUGGUUGUCACAGAAACUCAAGAGGAACACUAAGCUUGGCACACAG